AUGAAUAUUCCUGCUAAUGUCAAAUGGAAUCUUAAUCGUAUCACUGUUGCUGGAGGGAAUCGACAAGGCAACAAAGUCAAUCAACUCAGUGGUCCAUCCGGUUUAUAUGUCGAUGAUAAUGAAACAAUUUAUCUUGCUGACUUCAACAAUAACCGCAUUAUGGAGUGGAAACGCGGUGCAAAGCGUGGCACCGUUGUUGCCGGUGGAAAUGGCAAAGGUAAUGGAGCUCAUCAAUUGAAUCGUCCCUACGACGUAGUUGUUGAAAAAAAUAGUAAUAGCCUCAUCAUUUCUGACAAUGGAAAUCUUAGAGUUGUCCGGUGGUCUCGUCGCAAUGGUACUACGCAUGGCGAAACAUUAAUUUCGAAUAUUUCUUGCGCAGGUUUAGCAAUGGACGAACAUGGAUUUCUCUAUGUCGUUGACGAGGGUAAACAUGAAGUGAGGCGAUAUAGGAUCGGUGACACUGAAGGAACCUUAGUUGCAGGUGGUAAUGGCCAAGGAAAUCGUCUCGAUCAACUUUGUCAACCGUGGUACGUAUUUCUUGAUCGAGAUCAUUCAGUUUAUGUGUCUGAUUGGGGAAAUCAUCGUGUGAUAAAAUGGGCUGACGGUGAAAAACAAGGAAUUAUCGUAGCUGGUGGUCAUGGAAAAGGGAACAGUCUUAAGCAUUUGUCUUCUCCUGAGGGAGUCGUUGUUGAUAAAUUAGGCACUGUUUAUGUAUCUGAUUCUUGGAAUGAUCGAAUCAUGCGUUGGCCGAAAGGUGCCACACAGGGAGAUGUUAUUAUUGGGAGGAAUCGCUUAAGUUGUCCUAUAGGUUUAUCAUUCGAUCAUCAUGGCAAUCUUUAUGUUGUCGAUUGGGGAAAUCAUCGUGCUCAACGAUUUUCUCCUAAAUGA